AUGGAGCGGCCGAUCCAUAGGGUGCGGGGCCGCCGCCGCCCGCAGGAGCCGCCGCCGCCUAUUGUUCAUGCGCCUCCGCAGAGCUGGGAGGAACCCCCCCGACGGCGGCCGCAGGUAGGGCCCGAGCUAGCCGGGCUAGGACAGCCGGCUCGCCGGGGCUGUGGCAGCGGUUCGAGGAGAGCGCCGAGCCCGAGCGCCCCGCGCAGCCCAGGGGCGCGGCGGGCCGAGUCCCCCACUGCCCGCUCGCCCCCGGGGGGCGGCCUCGCCACCUCCGCCGCCGGUACCUGCUCGCGCAGCCGGUGCCCACCGCCGCCCGCCGGCCGCCGCUCUUCACUCGGAGCCGCGCUGCGCCGCGCCCCGCCCCCCGCGCCGCCCGCUCGCCGGGACCACCUGACGCGGGCCUGGCUCCGCCCAAGCCCUGCGGACCCGAAGGGGGCCCGCCCCGCGCCUGCCCCGCCCCGCGCCCGCCGCCUUCCUAUUGGCUGCGGCAACCCCGUCCCCGGUUCCUCCGCAGUGGUUGGGGCAGCCUCGCAGGUCCCUCUCACUCCCUGCGCCGCCGCCGCCGCACCGUGCCCGCCCCCUUUGCGGGCUCUCUCAUUCCCAAACCCAGGUCGACCCACUCCUCCUGCCCACUGGCCCGCCGCAGCUCCCACCAUUGGCCCGCGGCACCUGUCCGUUUCCUGGGAGAGUUCAGCACCUCCCGGCAGGAAGAGGCUCCGGCCUCAUUGGACGGAGUCUCAUUCUGUGGCCCAGGCUGGAGUGCAGUGCCACGAUCUCAGCUCACUACAACCUCAGCCUCCCAGGUUCAAAUGAUUUUCCUUCCUCAGCCUUCCAAGAAGCUGGAACUACAGGUCCCUCAUGAAAAUGUCUUCCUAAUAUUAUAGAAGUUUCCUCCCGGAGAGAGAUCCAAAAUCACCACCAUGGUUUUGCCAGUGCCCCAGCAUGGCAGUUCUUGGUGCAGAGUAAACAGGACUUGGUCUCUUUUUGGUUAACGUUUGGAGCUCUGGGAAGGCAGAGUAGCCUACUCAGCUGAUUGAAAAAGGGACUCAAGAAGGAAGCCAGACCAGAGAUUCCCAGGCAGGAAAGCACCACAAAUCUUAACGCAGCUGUUUUAGCCAGGGCAGUGGGUUUCUCAGAUUCCUGCACUGGGAAUCAACAAGUUGGACGUCCACUCAGAGACCUAAUUUGAAAGUCAGUAAUUACAAAGACGACAGGUGGAUAAAUUUACAAUGAUGGGAAGAAACCAACAUAAAAAGGCUGGAGAAUACCCCAAAUCAGAAUGCCUCUCCCUCUACAGGGGAUCACAAGGACCACAAGUUCCUCAUCAACAAGGGAACAAGGCCUGAUGGAGAAUGAGUGCAUUCCAUUAAUAGAUUUAGGCUUCAGAAGGUGGAUAAUAAGAAACUUCUGUGAGUUAAAAGAACAUGUUCUAGCCCAAUGUAAAGAAACUAAGAACCUUGAAAAAAGGUUUGAUGAAAUCCUAACGAGAAUAGACAAUUUAGAGAGGAAUAUAAGUGAAUUAAUGGAACUGAAGAAUACAAUACAAGAACUCCGCAAAGUAUGCACAGGUUUUAACAGUCAAAUUGAUCAAGCAGAAAAAAGGAUAUCAGAGGUUGAAGAGCAACUUAACGAAAUGAAAUGAGAAGACAAGGUUAGAGAAGAAAGAGUAAAAAGGAAUGAGCAAAGUCUCCAAGAAAUAUGGGACUAUGUGAAAAGACCUAAUUUACGUUUGAUAGGUGUACCUGAAUGUCACGAAGAGAAUGAAUCCAAGCCAGAAAAUAUUCUUCAGGAUAUUAUUCAGGAAAACUUUCCUAACCUAGAAAGGCAAGACAAUACUCAACUUCAGGCAAUACAGAGAACACCACAAAGAUAUUCCUCAAGUAGAGCAACCCCAAGAUACAUAAUCAUUAGAUUCAUCAGGGUUGAAAUAAAGGAGAAAAUUCUAAGGGUGGCUAGAGAGAAAGGUCAGGUUACCCAUAAAGGGAAGCCUAUCAGACUCACAGCAGAUCUCUCAGCUGAAACCCUACAAACUAGAAGAGAGUGAGGGUCAAUAUUCAAUAUCCUCAAAGAAAAGAAUUUUCAACCCAGAAUCUCAUAUCCAGUCAAAUUAAGCUUCAUAAAUGAAGAAAAAAUAAAAUUUUUCAUAAACAAGCAAGCACUCAGAGAUUUCAUCACCACCAGGCCUGCUUUACAAGAGCUUCUGAAAGAAGCACUAUACACAGAAAGGAACAACCAGUAUCAGUCAUCCAAAAACUUAACAAAAGGUAAAGAGUAUCUCCAGAAUGAAGAAUCUAUAUCAACUAAUGGGCAAAAUAGCCAGCUAGCAUUAAACGACAAUAUUAAACUCACAAAUGUCAAUAUUAAUCCUAAAUUUAAAUGGAUUAAAUGCCCCAAUCAAAGACACAGACAGGCAAAUUGAAAAAAAAGGCAAAACCCAUCGGUUUGCUGUAUCCAGAUCCAUCUCAUAAGCAAGGACACACAAAGACUCAAAACAAAGGAUUGGUGGAAGAGUUACCAAUCAAAUGGAGAGAAAACAAAACAAAACAAAACAAAACAGGAGUUUUAACUUUUGUCUCUGAUGAAAUAGACUUUAAUAGUAACAAAGACUAAAAGAAACAAAGAAGGACAUUACAUAAUGUAAUGGUAAAAGGAUCAAUGCAACAACAGGAGUCAGUGAUCAUAAAUAUAUAUGUACCCAAUAUAGGAACACCCAGAUACAUAAGACAAGUUCUUAAUGACUUAUAAAGAGACUUGGACUCCCACACAAUAAUAGUGGGAGACUUUGACACCACAUUGUUAAUAUUCGACGGAUCAAUGAGACAGAAAAUUAACAGGGACAUCUGUGAUUUGAACUCAGACCUGAAACAAGUAAACUCAGUGAAUAUUUAUAGAAUUCUUCACCCCAGGUCCACAGAACAUACAUUUUUCUCAGUAUCACAUUAUACCUAUUUUGAAAGUGACCACAUAAUUGGACGUAAAUCACUCUUCAGCAUUUGCAUAGCAUUUCACAGACUUAAAUAAAAUAUUGGUUGGCUGUUA